AUGUCUGACCUAAUUAACAAACCAUUCCCAUCCAAGGACUUCAAGUUCCAAUACAUUGACAUCUCCCAAGAUGAUUCCAAGCAAGAAUCAUGUAAGAUGCCACAAACUGUCUCCUGGGCAGAUUUCCUAAAGCAAAACAAGACAGUCGUCAUUACGGGUGCACCCGCUGCGUUCUCUCCAACAUGUUCCAUCUCUCACAUUCCAGGUUACGUUUCGUACGAGAGUGAAUUGGUUCAAGACAAGCAUGUGGACCAAGUUGUUGUGUUGACUGUGGACAAUCCAUUCGCCAACCAAGCCUGGGCCAAGAGUCUUGGUGUUACGGACACGACUCAUUUCAAGUUUGCUUCGGAUGCCGGGUGUGCCUUGAUUAAGACGCUAGGUUUCGAAAUGGAAGUCGGCGAUAACGUAUUCUGGAGUGGUAGAUGGGCUAUCAUUGUUAAGGAUGGUAAGAUCACUUAUGCUGCUAAGGAGGAACAUCCUGCUACUGAAGUUACGGUCACGUCUGUUGAGACCAUCUUGACCAAGUUGUAA